GAGGCGGGCGCGCUGUAGAUUGCUCGUGGCGCGCAGAAGGACGGUCCACGUGUCUUCUCAGAGUUUUGCUCGCUCCUUCCCGACCUCGCUGUCCGGGCCAUCCCCUUGGCCCUCUGCGUGUCUGCCCAGUCCCGGCCUGCGCGGUUCCCCGCGCUCAGUGGGCCAACUUGGCGGAGCAACUUUGUCCGGGGAGCCGCGCUGGGGCGACGCGGUUCUGCGCAUGCGGAGCUCCAAAUUCAAACAGCUGUUUCCAGAGGCCGAGAGGGCGAGAGGGCGGGCAGGCUGCGGCGGGGGGCUAGGGGAGGCUUUCUGCCGGCGGCGGCCGCCCGGGAGCCAUGGUGGACCGGGGACCUCUGCUCACCUCGGCCAUCAUCUUCUACCUGUCCAUCGGGGCGGCGAUCUUCGAGGUGCUCGAGGAGCCGCACUGGAAGGAGGCCAAGAAAAACUACUACACAGAGAAGCUACAGCUGCUUAAGGAAUACCCGUGCCUUGGUCAGGAGGGCCUGGACAGGAUCCUGCAGGUAGUAUCUGAUGCUGCAGGACAAGGUGUGGCCAUCACAGGGAACCAGACCUUCAACAACUGGAAUUGGCCCAAUGCGGUCAUUUUUGCAGCCACAGUUAUCACCACCAUUGGCUAUGGCAACGUGGCCCCCAAGACCCCGGCCGGGCGUCUUUUCUGCAUCUUCUAUGGUCUCUUCGGGGUGCCGCUCUGCCUGACGUGGAUCAGUGCCCUGGGCAAGUUCUUCGGGGGACGCGCCAAGAGGCUGGGCCAGUUCCUCACCAAGAGAGGCGUGAGCCUGCGGAAGGCACAGAUCACUUGCACGGCCAUCUUCAUCGUGUGGGGCGUCCUGGUCCACCUGGUGAUCCCGCCCUUUGUUUUCAUGGUGACCGAGGAGUGGGACUACAUCGAGGGCCUCUACUACUCCUUUAUCACCAUCUCCACCAUUGGCUUCGGCGACUUUGUGGCUGGUGUGAACCCCAACGCCAACUACCAUGCCCUGUACCGCUACUUUGUGGAGCUCUGGAUCUAUCUGGGGCUGGCCUGGCUGUCCCUCUUUGUCAACUGGAAGGUGAGCAUGUUUGUGGAGGUCCACAAAGCCAUUAAGAAGCGGCGGCGGCGGCGGAAGGAGUCCUUUGAGAGCUCCCCACACUCCAAAAAGGCCCUGCAGAUGGCGGGGAGCACAGCCUCCAAAGACGUCAACAUCUUCAGCUUUCUGUCCAAAAAGGAGGAAACCUACAACGACCUCAUCAAGCAGAUUGGGAAGAAGGCCAUGAAGACGAGUGGGGGUGGGGACAGGGUCCCAGGGCCCAGACCAGGGCUGGGGCCUCAAGGGGGUGGGCUGCCGGCCCUCCCUGCCUCCCUGACUCCCCUGGUGGUCUACUCCAAGAGCCGGGUGCCCAGCCUGGAAGAGGUGUCACAGACACUUAGGACCAAAGGCCACAUGUCACGAUCCCCUGGUGAGGAGGCCAAGGCGGCGGCCCCUGCGGAUGGCUCCCCCACCCCCGAGGUGCUCAUCAGCCAGCUGGACCGUAUCAGCGAGGAGGGGGAGCCCUGGGACGCGCAGGACUACCACCCACUCAUCUUCCAGAACGCCAGCGUCACCUUUGUGAACAAGGAGGCCGGCCUCUCGGACGAGGAGACCUCCAAGUCCUCCCUGGAAGACAACCUGGCUGGGGAGGAGAGGCCCCAGGAGGGGGCCGAGGCCGAGGCACCCCUGAACCUGGGCGAGUUUCCCUCCUCGGACGAGUCCACCUUCACCAGCACCGAGUCCGAGCUCUCCGUGCCUUACGAACAGCUUAUGAACGAGUACAACAAGGCCAACAACCCCAGAGGCACGUGAGGUGGGGCCGGCUCCCCACCCCACCUUCGAUGGCUUCUUUCCCUCCUCACCCUGGGGUGUCCUAUGUUGGCUGGGACUCCUGGCCCCUGGUGGGGGGCAGCCCUGGAACUGGGAGUGGGGGGCCAGGGGCCUUCCUUACUUUCCAUCCCUUCCAGCUAGAUGCUCCCGAUCAAGCAUGGCACGGCCAGGCCCAGGCCUCUGUUCUCCCCGGCAGGGGUUGGCAUCUGUCCUGAGCCUGGCUGCUUCGUCGGAUGGUUCUGAGACACAUGGGCCGGCAGGAUGGAUCCUGGGGAGGACUGCACGGGUCCCCCAAGAUUCAGUUGAGAAUAUCACAUGGUUCUCUUGGGCUUGGUCAUAGAAGUUUCUGAGUAUUUCCUGAGCUCCUUCUGUGUGCCUAGAACUGAACUAGGCAUUUCUGAGAGGGUCGGAGGGAAGUAUAUAAGACUUGGGUCCUGUCUUUGCAAGCUCUGAAGUGUUUGGGGAGGUACUGCUAUAGUGGGGGAGCUGGUGCACACAUUUAAGCACCCUCCAAGUCCCCCUCAUCUGCCUGGUGGUCCAUUACUACAAACUUGAGUGGAGAAGAGGCUGACUAGAGUUGAGGAGGGGAGCCAGGCGACAGUGGGCAGGUGCUGAAACACUCCUGACCCAUGGGACCCAGAGCAAGCCCAGAAUGGGGGAGCCAGCAUGAGUCCCUCCUUGUUGAUUUACUCAGACUGAGCCCAGCCCAUAGCUCGCAGGGUCACUGCGCCCAGGGCCCAGCCUCUGUCCCAUCAGAGGCCAAGCAAUGGCAGAGGCAAGACUCUCUCCCCUCCCCAGGAAAUGGUGGGAUGAAGAAAAAGUAGCAGAGCACGGGCCACUGGUAGCCAGGCUGCUGGGAGUGAAAGUCACAACUGGCUAAUUCUACCCCCAACCCUCUAUUUCCCUGUGAAACUGCACCCCCACUGCCUGGCCCCAGGAGCUGGCCUGCCCCAUCCUGCACUCCCUGCCGGUCACCCCAUUUCCUGUGCCCAGAACAGGGACCUCAUGGCCAGCCUCCCCACCAGGCCACACUGCUCUUGGCUCAAAAACAAAGUGGCCAGAUCUGUGAAUCGAGCCCACCCCCCAGCCACUCUUGGUCAUUUUUGGGUGGCAUUUGUUUUUUAAGAAAGGAAAGGAUUUGGAAAGAGGGGGCAAAAGGUAAUGUGAAAGUGCACAUGGACUCUGGUGAGGGGCUGGCAGAACUCGCUGCUACCUAAGUUCUUGGGUUCUCUGUGACGUGUGCCCUCGGGCUGGUCCCACUGCCCUGAGUGUUCUGUUUUUUUAUUAUUAUUUUUUUUAAUAAACUGUUUUUAAUAUACCUGGCAUCUGUUGGCUGCGGAGCCAGUGGAGAGAAAAGGAGGUUAAAAGAGCAGGGGCCUGGGGCCUGGGCUGCCUGGUGUGCACACCCACCUCAGCCGAGGUCAUAAUGCAGAGGGGGCAGGGGGCAGGGGUGCUGGGCAGCAGGUGAGUGGAGGUGGGGGCAUCCGGUGCAGGCAACUGGAUGCUGGGCAGGAGGCAUCUCACUUCCCUCUGCCCUAACUCCCCUCUCCUCUCAGUCUCCUGCCCUACUCUGUACCCUCUACCCUCUGCUGUAGGACAAACGGGCCAGAGCCCCCCACCCCAUGUGAAGAGGGCGACGGGCAUGUGUGCCCACACCGCCAUUCAUCCUCUCAAAGGACAGUGUGUCUGUUGGGCCAGCCCAGGAGGGGGUGGGGAGGAGGGGCCUUGUAUCUUCCUGUGAAACGUGUUAACAAGGUAGUCUAAAGUUCCACAGCCCACCCGGCGGGGGUGGUGCUGGCUGUCCUGGAAUCACUGUACAUUCUGGCAUUGAUGUCAAGUGUAAUUUAUUUUAACAUUUUUUUUUUACAAUAAAACA